AUGGGAUUUUCUGGCCAAUUUUGUGAAAUUCCGCCUAUGGUGAAUGCUCUUUACCCAAACACAGCUCAGUGUCAUAGUCUGUUGUGCGGUCAUGGUUCAUGCUACACCAAUGAAAAUAUGAGCGAAUAUGAAUGCAGAUGUCACGAGGGUUAUGCUGGAGACAAAUGUGACCGGAUACGAUCUAUAGGCCUUCACUAUCCCUCUGCUUAUGUGGCACUUGAGCCAUGGGCCAUUGAGCAGGGGAACCUUACUUUUACAAUCAGAACAAGCAAUGAAAGCGGCUUGAUAGCUUACUAUGGAGAUGACAGCUUUAUUUCUGUCGAGCUUUAUGAUGGUCGGAUAAAAAUUGCAUUUUACAUUGGCAACUAUCCAACAAGCCACAUGUAUAGCUAUGUCACAGUAAACGAUGGCUUAGCACAUCGAAUUGAGAUCAUCGUACAAGGAAAGAAAUGUUCAUUGACGAUUGAUGAUCAGCCGAUGCAAUCAGUUGAGAACGAUGGAAGGCUAGAAAAAUUCUCUAUACAUACAAAACAAUAUUUAUACAUUGGUGGAUUGCCUGCGACUAGAGCUACUGCUGUAAAAUCGCUGUUCCAUGUAAAAGAAACGCAUAGUUUUAAAGGUGACUUUUUCCAAUCUUUUGUCAGGUGA